AUGGACCCCUUGCUGUCGCUGGGUGCUGGGCUCCUGCUGCUCGCGCUGUGGGUGCGGCACAAGGGGCUGGAGUACCUGCUGGUCCAUCACCGCUGGGUCUUCGUCUGUCUCUUCCUGAUGCCCCUCUCUGUCCUCUUCGACAUCUACUACCAACUGCGGGCCUGGGCCGUGUGGAGGCUGCACAGUGCCCCUCGGCAGCAUGGCCAGCGGGUCCGCCACAUCCAGGCACAGGUGCAGGAAUGGAAAAAUGAAGGCGGGAAAACAUACAUGUGUACUGGCCGACCUGGCUGGCUAACAGUAUCACUUCGUGUUGGAAAGUACAAGAAGAUUCAUAAGAAUAUAGUGAUCAACUUAAUGGACAUUCUAGAGGUAGACAUUGAAAGACAGGUUGUCCGUGUGGAACCGUUGGUCACCAUGGGGCAGUUGACAGCACAUCUGAAUCCUAUGGGCUGGACUCUUCCAGUGGUACCAGAACUUGAUGAUCUCACAGUAGGUGGUCUGAUCAUGGGAACUGGCAUUGAGUCUUCAUCCCAUAUCUAUGGACUAUUUCAACAUACCUGUUUGGCCUACGAACUUGUUCUUGCUGAUGGAAGCCUUGUGAGAUGUACACCAACUGAAAAUUCAGACCUAUUUUAUGCAGUGCCUUGGUCUUGUGGUACUCUGGGAUUCCUGGUUGCUGCGGAAAUAAAAAUAAUUCCUGCUAAGAAAUAUGUAAAAUUACAUUACAAGCCUGUGAGAGGUUUGGAAAAGAUCUGUGAAAAAUUUACUGAGGAAUCUAAAAAGAAAGAGAAUAACUUUGUGGAAGGACUGGUGUACUCCUUGGAAGAAGCAGUCAUUAUGACAGGAGUCCUGACUGACGAAGCUGAAGACAGCCAGAUAAACAGAAUUGGUAACUACUACAAACCAUGGUUUUUUAAGCAUGCGGAGAAGUAUCUGAAGGCUAAUCAAACUGGAAUAGAGUACAUUCCCUCAAGACAUUACUACCACCGACAUACCAGGAGUAUCUUCUGGGAACUCCAAGAUAUCAUUCCCUUUGGCAAUAACCCUGUUUUUCGUUACCUCUUUGGCUGGAUGGUUCCACCAAAAAUCUCACUAUUAAAACUGACACAAGGAGAAGCUAUUCGAAAGCUGUAUGAGCAACAUCAUGUUGUACAAGACAUGUUGGUCCCAAUGAAAAGCCUUGAAAAAUCUAUCAGUACCUUCCACAGUGACCUGAAUGUUUACCCACUGUGGUUAUGUCCUUUCAUAUUACCCAAUAAUCCUGGCAUGGUCCACCCAAAAGGAGAUGAAAUGGAGCUCUAUGUAGAUAUAGGAGCUUAUGGAGAGCCUAAAACAAAGCAGUUUGAAGCCAGGGCAUCUAUGAGACAAAUGGAAAAGUUUGUAAGAAACGUGCAUGGUUUCCAGAUGUUGUAUGCAGAUUGCUAUAUGAACCGUGAGGAAUUCUGGGAUAUGUUUGAUGGUUCACUAUACCACAAGCUGAGGGAGCAAAUGAAUUGCAAGAAUGCUUUUCCAGAGGUGUAUGAUAAAAUCUGCAAAGCGGCACGGCACUGA